AACGGGCGGGACAUUAGUUAUGUGUAUGUACUUCAUCAAGUCUCUCUCGGCUUCAUUUUUGUUGUUGUUGCUGUCUCGACAGUGUAACUGAAGCGGAAAGUGUGGAGCUGUCUGAAGAUUACAACACUUCAGCUUUCCUCACUGGUAUUUGCUUGUUCCUUCAAAUAAAUUCAAGGCACUGAAUGAAAAUGGCAUUGACAGUGUCGAGUGACUUGUCCGUCACUGUAAACACAGACGAGAAUGUUAAUAAAUUAACAGACAAACAGGAUGCACUGAAAAAGAGCAUACAGAAAGGAGAACCCAGAUCAAUAGGGAUUUCCCAGGUUAUGCUUGGAUUUCUGAUCAUCUCUUACUCUGUGCCACUGCUCUCUGCCAAACUCACAGAGGUCAUCUUGUAUGGUGUACCAUGGUGGAGCGGCAUAUCCUUUGUCAUUGCAGGUGCUGUUGCUCUUGUAAUGGAAAAACAGAACAGCAUUUCUUUGGUGUUUACAUGCAUGGUGAUCACAGUGUUGGCUGCAGUCAUCUCAGUCAUUGCAGUAAUCUUCUACAUCAUUGAUAUUAUUAAGCACCCACAGACUACUUGCAAGAUGAGCUCAACACAUAGAUGUGAUGACAUGUAUUAUGCCAUGAGACUCAGUGUAGAAGUGAAGUCAAUUCUCCUGUCCCUCAGCAUGGUGCAGACUGCUAUUUCCUCUGCUUUCGCAUUUGUUCUGUACAAAGAAAGGCAAAAUUAUAACAACUACCUGUUUGUGAAUUAAGCUGAAUUAAGAUGGAAAAAAACAUUGCUGGCUCUGGACUUCAAUCAACCAGUCACCAUACAUCUGUAUUUUUACAUAUUUCUAUAAUAUAUGGGUUCACUUAUUCUUAGAUAUAUAGUAUUGUGUAAUGGAUAAUAUGUAUUGGGAUGCAUUGGGAAUUUUCUUAACAUUUUAUAAAGUAGGCUGCAUAGAAAGAAUCUUUUAAAUUGCAUUACAGUUGCACUCAAACUGUGUUGUGAAAGAGUACAUUUCAGCUGAAAAACAGAGAACUGGCCUAGUGUUUUGCUAGUUCCCUUGAAUGUACAGUACAAUCUGUGUUGGGUCGGCUCUUGCAGCUGGUGGCCUUUAACCUUCCAAAAUUCUUCCUCAAGUCCCUACAGUAUUUCUCUCAUGAAACAACAGAAGUACUCAGCUCUUCUUCUUCUUCUUCUUCUUCUUCUUCUUCUGUGAUGGGAAACAGUCUACAAUGUCCAUACAGUUAAAUUGUCCCAUAAUUUAUUGUAUGCUCCAAAUUUAUAGAUGCCAAAAAUGAAUGUGCAUAUUUAGUUGUUAGCUACAGCACAUUUGUUUUGUGUUGUUUUUCUUUCUUAAAAUGUAUUGAUUUGUGAUUUUCUAUGGGAAUUUCAGACAGAAAAAUGUCAUAAGGAAUUUAUAUUAUAUUUUUUAAUUGUU